UUUGUGUUUUGAACAAAACGCGGUUGAUGGCUGAUCGACGCUAAAUGUUUAUUUACCGUAGCUUUUGCAACGUUUUGUUGGUGAAAGUUGAAAGUUGUAAAUAAGUCUUCCGGUGCAAUGUCAUCCAGGAAGAGUUCCAGUGGGGAAGGCUCGUCUUCAAGCAGAUGUGGAGAGCGUACCCCUCUGAGAAGUCUGCAGAAUGAAAAUCUGCAUCUGUCAACUCCAUCCUCCAGACUCAAAUCAAAACCGCUGACUGAUGUUGUGAAACUGACUAAGGGUGAUGGCCCUCUCUGUGAUCCAGAGCCCCACUUGCAAUCUUCUCCAUCCACAAAAGGGAUUCAUAUCAAUGCUCCCACUACUGAUUUAUCAACUACUGAGUCAGCUUGUGGACUUGGAGAUGUUACAUUUAAAUCUUUCAUCUGUCCUGGUGGUGAGGUUGAGCUUGCAAGCUCCUUUGUGUGUGCAGAAGAUAGUAUUGUUCUGCCCAAGGAUCAGGCUAUGACAACCAUUCAUGAAACGGAAGAUACCAUCCUCUCUGACAGUAUAGCGGUUCAGUCAUGCAGUGACCACAUCGAACACGCCUAUUACAAUCCUGAGGUUAUAGAUGCUUCCUUGGUUGACAAUGAAGCAUCAUGUCCCUGUGAAAUUUCCAACACUAAUCUAACCUCUGGAGACUUGGAUGAUGGAUGUGCUACACAAGAUGUCCGAGCUUUUCAGGGUGACUGCUGUGGGAAGAAUGGUGUCACUUGGAAAUCCUUUGUCUGUGAUGGCGGUGAGGUGGAAGUGGCUGAUGUCACCAGACUACAAGAUGCGACCAUUCCUCUGCCAAAUGACCAGCCUGGUGAACCUUUGCAAGAUGACGGUGUGAAUUCACCAGAUCUCUCUAAGUGUGGCGAGCUGUGUCCAGUAGAUCAUGCCGAUCAUUUCUACUUUAGCAGAGAAAACUGCAUUCCUGUCAGCACCACUUUCUUUGAAAUAACAAACGGUCCUGAACAGCCUGCUGAUGGACAGAAUGAUGUGACCUUCAAAUCAUUUAACUGCACUGGAGGUAUGGUUGAAAUUUGUGAUGGCACCAAACUUGCAGAUGAGACUAUUCCUCUUCCAGUUAACCAAACGGCUACCGGCAGUGAGUCAUACAAUUAUGGCAUGAAUCCAAACAUGGUAACUUAUGAAGAAGAUGCCAAAAACAGUAGUGAUCAUUUAGAUCACCCAUACUAUGAUAUUGAAAAUAACUCAUUCAGGGGACCGUUACCUUUCAGCCUUGAUGAUGUUGAUGAAGUAAAACAGGUUAGUUUGGUGGUACCUGAUGGUCAGACUGGGAGUCAAGAGGCUAUUAGUCUCAGCUCUUUCAUCAAUGCCAGAAGUGACGGAGAAAUAUCAGACAUCACCGAAUUGUCUCAGAAACCUUCCCCCCUUACUGACGACCAGGCUGUGAUUGGCCAGCCCCUGGAUGACAUCAGUGAACCUCCUGCCAUGACACAGGAUCAGCUUCAAGAUGAACUACCAUACAGCCAUGUGGAAAAUGAUGAAGUUGUGGUCAAUGCUGACUUACUAGCUAUCAGUUCAUCUUCCCUGACUAACGCAUCUCUAGAGUUGAAAGAAACAUCUAAAAAGGACUCAAUGCAUUCUGAGGACAGUGCGUUGCCUUCAAUGCUGCAUAAAAAUCAGUCUUCUGAUUGCAGCCAUCCUGAGGCUUCUGCAGAGAGACCUACACCCGUAGAAGAGCAUGUGGAACACGUCUCUCAUGUGCAAAUCAGCAGUAAACUCAAUGGAUGCAGUGAAGAAAAAGACAGUGCUCUUGGUUCAUCUGGAACUGAACCAGAAAAACCUCAGCUAAAAAACAUACCUGAAAUAUUCAGAGUGCGGUCAGAGUUUGAGUCAGGAACAUUGCCUUUUCAGUUUGGGUUGCUCAGUCCUGUUGUAAAGAGAGCCUCUCUCGCUGUAUUUAAGGCCUUCAAGGUUCCUGCUUUGGACCAAUUGUUUGCUGAGGAUCCAGCUCUUGAGGGUGAAAAGAGCUUGGUUGCUCCAUUUAACGUCGACCCUGCUUUGUUUUGGACAGAACAAAUGGAGAGCCCCAUGCCGUGUCCUCUGUUUAACUCUACAGUGCUUGGUUGCAAGCCCCAGCCAAAACCAGUCCCUGAGCCAGUUAAGGAAAUGGAUGCAAAGCCUUCUGCUGUGCCUCAGUCUGAAGUAGAGAAGCCAGCUGUGGAAUUCCCCCUGAUUCCAGACGGUCCCCUUCAGCAGCAGCUUCGGCAGAUGGCAGAGUUCCUUUUCUUAGCAUCAAAGAAGAUGUGUCCUGCUGCUGUCUCUGCUUUCUCUACUCCUGCUGAUGCUGUCACAGUCCCAUCGGCAAAAGCUACUCCUGCAGAAUCCCACGGUGUCUGUGUGGGCACCACUCCUGUUAAAUGGUUAGACCACAGCGUCAAUACAUCUGGCCAAUUUGAGAGGAAGAGGAUCUUCACUGUGGCUGAUUCCUGCACUCUGACUGACCCUAUCCUGUGGAACCUCCCCCCAGGCAGCCUUGAGGGUCUCUCACGACAAGAGCUGGAGCAGAGGUUAAGGUCAAGCAUGAUCAUGGUGGAGGCUCUUGUGCAGCAGUUGGAUGCAGCCAGAGCAAAUGGAUGUUCUUCUGCAGGCCCUCCACCUUCAGACCUCAGGGAGAAACAAGUGCAGACGGACCACACUGAACUGAGCCAGACAACAAUGUUAAGAGACCUAUAUUUGGAGGCUCUGAACAGGAUUGGUGAGUUGGAGUUGGACAGGAGUUCUCUACAGGACCUCACCCAGUGUAUGCAGGACAUGCGGGUCACCAUGACUUCUUUGAGUAGUGACACAGAUGCCGCUCUCUCUAACAUGAAGAAGAUGGGAGACGUUGUCAGAGAUGACCACCAGAGCCUUGUUUCACAUUACGGUCAGAUGAGGUCUCUCUUUGAGAAAACAAAGACGACGCAGACAAAAAUGAUGCAGAAGGUCAAAGAUGCUCUUCACCAAAGAGAUGACAUGAGGGCACAGAUGGAGGAGGCCUUCACAGCCAAGGAGGCGGCCUUCAGUGUGAUGGAGCAGCUGAGGACUCACUGUUCCUCAGAAAUCUCCGAGCUGGAGAGGGUUGUGGGGUCUCAGCAAGAACUGUCAGCUGCCCUAGCCCAGACUUAUCCAGAACAGGUUGCAUUAAACAAGGCCUACAAUGAAAUGCUCAAUUCUGCGUCUGAUGUUUUGUCCACAACCAUGGAGGAACAUUCCAGUUUGAUGCAAGAACUCUCUACAGUCAGAGGCCUUCUGCAGAAAUCUGUUCCGAUGCUUCUGAUGCUGAAUGAGAAGGCAGCUGCUGCUUUGAUAGAGAGGGACGAACACUUCUCUGCCAGAGAGCAAGCGGUUGAAGAGCGAGAGCAGAUUGAAGACGAAUUAAACAAAGCAAACAUGAUUCUACAAACGGCCAGAGAACAGAUUGGUGAUUUAAAUCUGCAGGUGACGAUUCUGACCUCAGAAAUGGGUGUGUUGCGUCAGAAGCUAACAGAAAGAGAGGAUGAGAGGGGUCUGCUGGAGAGGCAGGUGACGGAGCUGUCGGCCACAGUUUCCUCCACAUUGGCCUCCUACACCUUCCUGGAGCAGGCCCUUGCUUCACAGAGUACAAAGUUGCAGCAGUCAUGGAGAGACAUCCAGCAAGCCAAGGACAGAGCAAACGGGUUGGAGGCGUCUCUGGGUCAGUCGGAGCAGCGAGUGUGUGAGUUAUCUCAGGCUCUGACUCAGAGUGAGGAGCAGCUCAGCCAGCUGCAGGUCCUCUCUCAGUCCCAGAGCGUGCAGAUCCAGCAGCUCCAGGAUGUUUGCACACAGCUCAGUGGUGUGCGGGAGAUGAACGAGUUCUUACAGAUGGAGAAUGAGUUGACGAGGGAGCAGAUGGAUGAAAGUGAACGGUUGCUGAGUGCCAACCUGCAGGCUCUGCGGCAGAGGAACAUAAAGUGUGAGGACCUGAAUGGAGAGCUUAGUCAACUUCAGUUUGAGAAGAGGAGCUUGCACGAGGAGCUGGAAACCACAAAGUCCAGAGCCGGUGCCACGCAGCUGGAGCUUAGACAGAAACUGGCAGACGCGGUCACUGAAAUCACUUUGCUGCAUCACACACUGAGGGGACUGACCAAUGAACUACAUACGGCUCUCAAUGACCAGAAACCACAGAAGGAUAAAAAGUCUCAACAAGUGGAGCGCCGUCACCCCUCCAGCUCGUUUGUCGACAGCGUCAUGAUUGCACUCACAACAGAGACACUUCCUGGAUCAGACAUGGCCGACCCACCGUGUGAAACUUUGUUUAGUGAGACGAGCGCCUUCACCCGCAUCACGCCUAGAAAGAAAAGUAACGCAGCAGAGUUUGACCCCGAGGAGGUUCAGAGCAGCGUGGUGGAGCUGCUGGUUGAUCUGGGCAGCACCGUCACAGAGCUGAUCAGCAACACGAAGCUGCUGCAACAGCGCAAAGACGCUCAGCUGGAGGAGCUGCACCACACCAUCUCUGGCCUGCAGGUGGAGCAGCAGGCUGCAAGCAACAGACAUGAAGCCGAGGCGUCUGCGCUGAAGCUCCAGCUCAGCCGUCUGAACAGCCUGUUUGAGAGAGGAAAUCAGGCGCUGCAGCAGAAAGCUCUGGAUGAGAAGACUGUGACAAAGUUGAUGUCAGAAGUUCAAGACACCCGGGAAAUUCUAAAUAAACACAAGACUGAGAGCAAUGAACUGCGGAAGGAGGUGGUUGAGCUCCGUCAUUCUCUGAAGCAGUCACAGGUGGAGGCUCAAUACCUGCGGCUGGAGUUGAGAAAAGCUGGUAGCCAAUCGGCUAACCCGGCACAACUAAUGGAAGAAAAAAUCAAAUUGUUGAAAGAGGUGGAGACACUGAAGUUGAGUCUUCAGAAAUUGGAGCAGGGCAGAGUUAAGCUCCUUGAGAGAGCAAAAAGACAUCAACUCAUCCAUCAGGCCAACCAGCAGAAAAGUGAAAAUGAGCUCCAGAUGUUGAACAAAAUGAUCAAUAAAGUCAGAGAGACUUUGCUGUCUUUGCCGGUGGUCGUGAAGAAUUGUGAACAACUCCAACAGCUCGUUUCAUAUAUCGGCUGACAUGUUUGUUAUUGUAACCUGUGUUCAUUGUAUUUAUAUCCAUGUUGUUUAAGCUUGUCCUGUCCUGGCUGUGUUUAUUCAUAUGUUUAGUAUGAUAUAUGAUAUCAAAUAAAUGUUUAAAAUAGGAUUAUCUUGUUGUGAUGUUUUUUUAUUUAUUUCAAGAUUAAAUGCAAUGACAACAA